UUCACCCUGACACAAUUUUUAUUCAACACAGAAUGGCGGCAAAUAUGUCAGGAAUUGACGUUUCAAAGAAGAAGGAGUUUCCCUGUAAAGAUGAGUUCAAGAAGUAUCGUUCUCCUCUCGUGGUUAGAUAUGCUUCGCCGGAAAUGGCCUUUAAUUUCAGCGAAAUUAAGAAAUUUUCGACCUGGCGUCGACUUUGGUUUUGGUUAGCAAAAGCACAGCAGACAAUUGGCCUGAAGAUUGAUGAUGAUCAACUUGUGGAAAUGGAAUCUAACUUGACCAACAUUGACUUUGACUUGGCUGCCAUCGAAGAGAAAAAGCGGCGCCAUGAUGUUAUGGCACACGUCUACACGUUUGCCAGCUGCUGUCCUAAGGCUGCCUCUAUUAUUCACCUUGGUGCUACGUCAUGUUACGUUGGAGACAAUACUGAUCUGAUUGUUAUACGAGAUGCCUUGGACAUCAUCCUCCCUCGUCUGGCUCGUUGCAUCCAACGCCUUGGCAAGUUCGCUGAUACCCAAAAGAACACACCAACCUUAGGAUUCACACAUUAUCAACCAGCCCAGCUAACCACGGUCGGUAAGCGUGCCUGCUUAUGGAUCUCAGACCUCCUAAUGGACUUGCGUAACCUGACGAGGGCCAGAAGCGACCUUCGCUUCCGGGGGGUCAAGGGAACCACCGGUACACAGGCUAGCUUCCUUGCACUGUUUGAUGGGGAUGGGGUCAAGGUUGACACGUUGGACCAACUAGUCACAGAGAUGGCUGGUUUUAAACAAUCCUACAUUGUGACCGGGCAGACAUAUAGCAGGAAAGUGGAUAUAGAUGUUCUCUCUGCACUCGCUGGGCUUGGUGCUACCAUCCACAAGAUUUGUACUGACCUACGACUGCUGGCCAAUCUCAAGGAGGUCGAGGAACCAUUUGAGACUGAUCAGAUUGGUUCCAGCGCUAUGCCGUAUAAGCGCAACCCAAUGCGCAGCGAGCGCUGCUGCUCCCUAGCCAGACAUCUCAUGACCCUGGUCAUGGAUCCCCUUCAGACACACUCUGUCCAAUGGUUUGAGAGAACACUGGAUGACAGUGCAAACAGGCGAAUUUGCAUAGCAGAGGCAUUUCUCACUGCUGAUACGUGCCUGAUUACACUGCAGAAUGUGACGGAAGGACUUGUCGUCUAUCCAAAGGUUAUUGAGAAGCAUGUGAAGCAGGAACUACCCUUCAUGGCUUCAGAGAACAUCAUCAUGGCAAUGGUCAAGGCUGGAGAAAGCCGCCAGGAGUGUCAUGAGCAUAUCCGCACUCUAGCUCAGGAGGCAGGAGCUGUCGUAAAGCAACAAGGUGGCGACAAUGACCUCGUAGAUAGAAUACGCAAAGUGGGGUAUUUUGCACCAAUCCACGCUCGCCUUGAUGACCUCCUUGAUCCUGCUACAUUCAUUGGCCGAGCUCCAGAACAGGUGACACGUUUUCUGAAUGAGGAAGUGAAGCCAGCUAUCCAACCAUUUGAAGGAAGCAUGGAGGCUACCUCCAAACUUGCCCUUUAAAGACUCCAAUCUGCAAAUGGUGUAUGGUGUAAUAUUUAAAGACAAUCUCCAAGGUUAAAUUUAGUUUUGUGUUCCACCCAUUUUCCAAUUGAUAGAGUCCUUAUUAAAUUAGAGGAAAAAAACAAGUAUCUAACCUCACAAUAAAAUGGUGUAAAAUGACAUUUAUUUAAAACUUUUUUGGGGAAAUUUUGAAUCAUGACAUCAUCAAACAUCAAUAACAAAAUUGGUCAGUACAUUUCAAAGAGGAAUUUUUGACAAAUUGCAAGUGUCUAACCUCAUAUUAAAAUUAUAAAAAUGUCCCUUCAAGUGCAAUUUAGUCACAAUCAAAGAACGUUCGUUGACAUCAUAAUUAUUUCAAAUAAGUGGUCUGUACUUUUUUGUACAGACCAUAGUUCAUCCCUAAAUUUUGAUGAAAUUCAAUCAUAACUGCAUUAAAAUUUAUUUUUUGACUGGAGCAGAAAUUCCUAUUUGGAAUGUACAGAUCCAUUUGUUGUUAUGUUCAAUGAUGUACAAAUGUAAUUUUUCAAAUUUUGCUCUGAAACAGUAUCAAGUAAAUUGUAAUUUUACACCAUUCUAACGUGAGCAAGUUCGAUCAGGGUACAAUCGUCGACUAGUGGUUAGUUCGUGACGUACGAAGCGCAUACGCGCUGAAAUAAAAGUGCGAACGACUCUAGUCGUUUUCUAGCGACCUUAUGUGAAAAAGAUGACCGUGAACCAUGAACACAUAAAAAGUCCAUACUCACUUCUUUUCAGCUAUUUUAAGAAUAACUGGUCCUCUCUGCCUGCAGCACACUGUGAUAUGACAAAUGGCUAUUGGUAACCAACGAUGCGACCAACCUCGACCAGCCUCGAGUGGAUGGUCGCGAAUAGUCGACUAGACUGGUCCAACUAUCGUUGACAAACGCGGGUUCGAUCAGAGUUAGUCGAACUAUGGUUAACUAUGGUCGUUGAUCGAACUUGCUCCUAGCGAGUUGUAAUUUUUUCUCAAAUAUCUUAAGGACUCCAAUUAUGAGAAAAUAUUUACUUUGUGUGGUGUUUCUUUCUCCCUUUAAAUUAAAAAAAAUAAGUUUAUCGCUUCACUGAAAUUUAUGUUUUUUGCUAUUGGUUUUGUCAAGAUAUUAAUUCCUACCCUGUGUCCCAGGCCAAUUUAAACUGCUUUAAUUUUUGGAACGAAUUAUGCCAGAGCCGAUUCAAAGUCUAUUUUCGUUAACAACUUUGAGCUUUGUGUGUUCCUUGACAACAGUGAUUUGCUGAAGCUCAUUUGGUACGUAGCGCUGUACAUAUCAGUAUUCAAAUGUAGAAACUUUAAGUACUUGGGUAUUGACCCUUCCAGAAAUGGAGUCUAAAGAGCUGACAGUGAUUGACAAUUUACAAGGAAAUGUUUUACAGAUUUUGUUUUCAUUAUUCAAAUGAAGGAAAAAGUAAUUGAGUGACUUAUAAUCGGCUGUUUAAAUUUACAUGGCAGUGCGAUAAAGGGUCUAGACUUUUAAUCACACGUCCAGUCCCGGCCACGACCCUGCCAGUUUUAAAUGGCUGUCAAAAACCUACAAUGCCGUAUGACCUACAUUAGCCUUAAUUACACGGCCACGACCCUGUUGGUUUUAAACGAACGUCUGCUUAAAACUUUUCACAAGACGAGUCCCGGCCACAAACCUGCAAGUUUUAAACAAUACCUACAUGGCUGUGCGAUAAGGGACCUAGUCUUUUUUUUCAGGCAAAUAGUACAUCAAUUACCAAGUUCCGGCCAUGACUGUAAACGGCCUUUAAGUUAAGACCUUGCCAUCUGUACUCUUUCAUUCCUUUAAUUAAAACCAUAUUGGGUGCUCAUAAUGUUAUUGAAUAGUCAGACAGUAGAAGGGUUUAAUAUUUAGUUUGGUUUAUUUUCAACUUAACACUCAACUGUUACCACUCCUGAUAGUGUUGAAAAAGUAACUUGAGAGAAACAUCACUCUUAAAAAAUUGUCUCUGUUCCCACAAAGUGACCUUUAUGUCAAAAAGGAUAAAUGGUUGUAAUUUCUCACCAAUUAAUAAUUUACUGUUAACAUUUUCCGCAAGUUACACGACCUGACACAUAAAUUUGUCAUUAAACUUAUUAGCACAGCCAAUGUAUAACUAGACUUGUCACGCUUCAAAAUGAUGUACAACGCUCUGGCACGGUGCCAAAGUCACAAGGUAUUGCGUUUUCACUAAUUGACUUGUACAUGUACAGGUACAUGUGUGUAUGUCACAUUUCAUCUCAAUUGCAUUUUGACAAAGUGAGCUAUCUCAGUUUUCGUUUUGUUUGUUUGUACUCAGCCCCUUGGGCACUUUAAUUUGUUUUUCAUUAAGUAUUGUACAAACAUGUAUGUGUUUAGGAAUAAAUUACUCAUUCAACUAAAUGCAAGAAUAAAAACCUUGACAGUUCUGUGUGACUGAAGAAGUCAGCCUAAUGUUUGUCUGAAAAAUACAAAUCAAAAAGUAGUACACAGUCUCUGAAGAAGAAAAAAAAGUUAUAAAAAAUGCAACCGAGAAUUUCUCCAAUUUCAAAAUGUUUGGCUGUGGAGCAUCUAGAUUACUUUGUGGGGAAGACAAACAAAUGUAUCAUAUAAAAAUAAAAACUUAAAUGUAAUUAUAAAAUCGUAGAUCCUUGUCAUUUAAUUGGUCGGACAGGCAUCAAAUGUCAUGCUUUAUUUUGCUGUGUAUUUACUGCCACGAGUGCAUGACACUCCAAAAUUUAAUUUUAGGAGUCCUAUAUUGAGAAAUAUAGGUUCCUUUCCAAAAUAAUCAUUCCUGCCCGUUCAUACCAUUGAAACAAGGUCGUUGCCAAUGGACAAGGUUGAGCUCUAUACCGAGUCAUCCAUGGAUUUUUUUUUCUUUUUGAAUUUUUCGAAUCGAUGAGUUUCCGUUUUUGUUUUGCUUUAUUAUGAACAAAAUAUGAAUGACAAGGAUCUAUAUGUUUUAUAUAAAACAAGCAUUGAUUGCAAUUUUUAAUGAUAUAAUCAUUGAAUCAAUUUUUUGGAAGGAUGAGUUUCCGUUUUUGUUUUAUUGUGAACAAAAUAUGAAUGACAAGGAUCUAUAUGUGUUUUAUAUAAACAAGCAUUGAUUGCAAUUUUGAAUAAAUAAUCAUUGGGUGAAAUUUUGCCUUCCCAAUUCACAAGGAGCUGCGACAUUGCACUCCAAUGUAUCCAAUAUUUGUAUAACAUAACGAUUAGGCCUAUAAAUGAUCAUUCAAUGGAACUGCUGUAAACAAAACCUUCCAUUUCAAUUUAUUGAAUAAACAGUAAAGAAUAAAGAAACAUU